GUGUGAGAACCAUGAAUAGCAAUUCGAUAAAAAAUGACUUUCUGACGUUUGGUUGUGAAACUGGAUUAUGUAUGUUUACGUUAUCUAGUUUGGUUAUGUUUAUGUUUUUUUAAUGCAAUUGUAUUGUUUUGUUUAUGGAUAUGGAAAGUUUACUGUUAUGAUUUUUGUAAUGUAAUGUUUACCUGACACUUUUGUAAUUUUUAGUACUUUUAUUUUAAGUUAUUGUUUAUUUAAAUAAUUUAAUAAUUUGAAAAGUUCUCUGAUGCAGUGAUCCCAACAAAAUUAAAUACUUCAUACAUUUUGAAGAUAACCGAAGUUUUGUAAUAAUUAGGCCUAUCUAGUUAGUUGUAAUAAAAUAACAUGAAAAGAAGAAAGCGAGGACGAGGAUUUGAAGAUAAUGGCUUUGCAGAAUGGGGUGGUUAUAUGGAGGCAAAGAAAACUAAACUUCAAGACCAGUUUAAGAUAGAGGCUGCAAGAGAACCACAAACCGACAGUACUCGGAUCUUUGAUGGAGUUGCCAUCUUCGUCAAUGGAUAUUCAGUUCCCUCAGCAGACGAGUUGAAGCUAUUGAUGAUGAAACAUGGAGGAGUGUAUCACCACUACUUCCGAAACGGCAAGACCACGCACAUAAUUGCUACCAACUUACCAGAUACUAAAGUGAAACAGUUAAAGCACAUGAAUGUUGUCAAGCCUGACUGGAUAGUUGAAUCGAUAGCUGCUGGAAGACUCCUUGAUUUUCGACAGUACUUGCUGUACUCUCACCAGUCCAAGACACAACCCAAACUUAUGUUCAAACCUGUCUCUGAACCCAGCACAAGUUCUACUAGCAAUGCUCCUGACAUGCAUGAAGAUUUUGAUCAAGAAACUGAUACUCCGUCAACUACUGAUAGAACCAUACAAUCUUUUGAAGAAAGUGAACACAUUGAUCCCGUUAAAACUCCAUCUCAGUUUGACCAAAAUCACAAAGAAAUAGGUAAUCAAAUAAAACCUGUUACUGAAUGUAAAGAUUCUCUGACAACAGUAAAAACUGGAAUACACAGUAUAAAAACUGCUAGUGAGGCUGGGUUUUUGACAGAAUUUUAUAACAAUUCUCGACUCCAUCAUAUAUCCACAAUGGGCGCAUCUUUCAAACAGUACGUGAAUAGUCUAAGGGAGAAAUGUACAGGUGUAUUUCCAGGAAUGGAAAGAUUGAAAGCGUUAAAACAAAAUCAACCAGCCAACGUUGUCCAACAAUGUGAUACAUUCCGGAAAUAUGAAAAAGUUGUGAUGCACAUAGACAUGGACUGUUUUUUUGUUUCCGUUGGCUUGCGAAAUAGACCAGAACUGAAGGGGUUUCCCGUUGCUGUUACUCAUGCCAAAGCCAGUGCUGAAAACAGCAGUUCUCACAGGACCGGAGUCGACCGUAAGGCUGAGUUUGAUUUGUACAAAACAAGAAGGGAAGAAAAGGUCAAAGGUAAAUAUCAGCAAGAUGGUCCAAAUAAUGACGUUAAACCGUGGUCGGACUGGGUGGAAGCUGUUAGUGAGAAUGAUUCUAUGUCUGAGAUAGCCUCAUGCAACUACGAGGCUCGCAAAUAUGGGCUGAAGAAUGGCAUGUUUCUGGGUCAAGCACUGAAACUUUGCCCAAAUUUGAAAACGAUUCCAUACGACUUUAAUGGUUAUAAAGAAGUUGCUUAUUGCCUUUACGACACUAUAGCUAGUUAUACUGUGGACAUAGAGGCUGUCAGUUGUGAUGAGAUGUUUGUGGAUUGUACGAAUCUGCUGAACAUUACUGGUACCUCUUCUCCGCAACAGUUGGCGUCACUGCUUAGGACUGAGAUCAAGGACAAAACAGGAUGUCCGUGCUCAACAGGGUUCGGCAGCAACCGUCUGCAGGCACGGUUGGCUACCAAGAGAGCUAAGCCAGAUGGCCAGUACUACUUGGAGCCUGCGGAUGUGCACACAUUUAUGUCAGACAUUAAAGUCUCUGAUCUUCCAGGUGUGGGAAGAUCCACGAGCUAUAAACUGUCCACCAUGGGUAUCCAGACGUGUCUGGACUUGCAGCAAGUGCCUCUCUCCAAGCUUCAGGCAGAGUUUGGCGUCAAAAGUGGGGAAGCUCUUUACAAGCACUGCCGAGGUGAAGACACUAAGAAAUUAGUGUUUGGUCAAGUCAGAAAGUCCGUGUCUGCGGAAGUGAACUACGGGAUCAGAUUCCAGAACCAGAGUGAGGCAGACACAUUUCUAGAGGAGUUGUCACGAGAAGUUCACAACAGACUCCAGGAGGUGAACAUGAAGACCCGAGUUGUUACUUUGAAACUUAUGAUCAAGGCUAAAGAUGCUCCAGCAGAGAGUGCGAAAUUCCUGGGUCAUGGAGUUUGUGACCAAAUCUCCAGGUCGUCUCCUCUUCAGAUUGCUACUUCAGAUCUUGACUCCAUUAUCAGGGAAGUGAAAAUCCUUGAGUCGACAACUGAGUGUAGAUCCUACAGAACUGCGGGGUAUUGGCAUCCAGCUGACCCGGUUGGAGGGCGAAAAGUCUGUGAGACCAUCAGCUAAUGCUUUAGAUAAAUUUCUAAGGCC